AUUUAUCGACAAUAUCAAUCGCUCAAUAUUUGUCUUGUUCUACAUCCACAGCGAAUUGAUGAAAGUAUUCUGUCAGUAUUACAAGAGAAAUUUGGUGAUUCGAUGAGUAAAAUGCAACGAGCUGAUUUGAAAGAGUUCGAGGCUGCAUUUAGAUUCGCUUGUCCUAAAUUCUUAUCUCCUGUUGUUACAAUUGUAGAACCUGAUAUAUCAGGUGAGACUCCAGUUCGAAUUGACCCAUGGAAUCAGCAACUUCGUGUAUUCAUGGAUGAAAUUUCUCAACAAAUUCAAACUUUGAUUAUAAGAAGUUACCUUAAGCUUUACACCACGAUGCCUAUGGCAAAAUUGGCCGCUUUCCUAGACACUUUAAGAGUAUUUUUCAAAUUGAAAUAACAAUUCAAAUUUAAUCGCUAUAUGAUUGAAGUUACAUUCGUCUCAAAACGAUUGUGAUAAUUAGCAAAAUUUACUUGGCGGCUCUUGGUGCUCCGCCACCUUCUCGCACUUGUGGCUUGGCUCCAGUGAAUCGAGGUGGUGGGGUUCUUAUUUUUCUGUCUUCUUUGGAUCGAUUUCGAACAAUUUUAGAGUGAAUCGCACAAGAAACGCAG